GCGAGGCAAAGCGGGCGAGAAGAACCUCGAGAGCCCGUUGAAAAGCCCCCGUCUGGUGGCGAAGGAAGAAAACGAAAACGAAAAGAAAGGAAGGGAGAAAAUGUGCGGAUUCCUGUACGCCCUCGUGUUACUUCUGUCGGUGGUCGACUGCCUGCAGACCAGCGGCGUGACGAGGGGGGGCAGCGGUAUCCAAAUAGGGACCAGCGAUCGCAGCGCGUUCGGAAAGGCUACAGGAUACGGGGGGCGUGGCCACUCGGGCGUGAAACUCGGCGAGGCGAGAUUUCCCAAUUCGACUAGGCAGAGACCGUACACCACCCCCUCCUCGACCACGACGUUCAUCUACGCGCCACCGUCGGCCGACAAGAACGGGUACAACAGCACCUUGAAGGUGGGCAUGAUGGUUCCUCACAAGUCCUUCGAGGUGAGGGAGUACACGAAAGCGGUGACCUCGGCUAUCCACACGUUGCAGAAAAGCAAGGGGCGGAAAUUGAGACUUUUCGAGCGGUACGACAUCCACGUGAAGGUGGCGAUGAAAUCGCUCACGCCGAGCCCGACCGAGAUCUUGAAAUCGCUGUGCAACGACUUCCUCCCGAAAAACGUGUCGGCCAUCUUGUACCUGAUGAACUACGAGAAGUACGGGCGCAGCACGGCCAGCGCCCAAUACUUUCUCCAGCUUGCCGGUUACUUGGGGAUUCCGGUGAUCGCGUGGAACGCGGAUAACUCGGGAUUGGAGAGAAGGGCGUCGCAGAGUAAUCUGCAGUUACAGCUGGCGCCAUCGCUGGAGCAUCAAACGGCCGCCAUGCUGAGCAUCCUCGAGAGGUACAAGUGGCAUCAAUUCAGCGUGGUCACCUCGCAGAUAGCGGGCCACGACGAUUUCGUGCAGGCGGUUCGCGAGAGAAUAUCCGAGAUGCAGGACACCUUCAAGUUCACGAUAUUGAACGCGAUCCUGGUCACAGAUCCGCGCGAUCUCAUGGAAUUGGUGAACAGCGAGUCGAGGGUGAUGCUUCUGUAUUCGACCAGGGAGGAGGCCAUCGGGAUAUUGGGCGCUGCCCACGAUUACAAAAUCACGGGGGAGAAUUACGUGUGGGUGGUGACGCAGAGCGUGAUCGAGAAUCUCCAGACGCCCAGCCAAUUUCCAAUCGGAAUGUUGGGUGUGCAUUUCGACACGAGCACGGAAAGUCUGGUGAACGAGAUCACGACAGCCGUGAAAGUUUACGCGAACGGGGCCGAGAAUUUCUUGAACGACCCGGCGAACAAGGAUCACACUCUGAACACCAAGCUGAGCUGCGAGGGAAGGGAAUCCCGGUGGAACACCGGGGAUCUGUUUUUCAAGUACUUGAAGAACGUGUCCGUGGAGGGGGACCAGGGGAAGCCUAACGUCGAAUUCACCCAAGAUGGCGUUCUGAAGUCGGCCGAACUGAAAAUCAUGAAUCUUCGUCCCGGGUUGAGCAAACAACUUGUUUGGGAGGAGAUCGGCGUGUGGAAAUCGUGGGAGAAGGAGGGGUUGGACAUCAAGGACAUCGUCUGGCCAGGGAACACUCACACGCCGCCUCAAGGUGUCCCGGAAAAGUUUUAUCUGAAAAUAACGUUCUUGGAGGAGCCGCCCUACAUCAAUCUCGCGCCCCCGGAUCCAGUGAGUGGAAAAUGUCUGAUGGAUCGUGGCGUUCAUUGCCGCGUGGCCAAGGAUUCCGACAUGGAUUCCGAGUAA